GUCGUCUCUCAUCUCCGGCAUCAUUUCCAUUUCCCUCCUCCGAUCCGAAAGAAUCAAUCAUCGGACCCGACCGACACGACCCACUGUCUUGUCUCCUGAUCGAUCUUCAAUCCCGUUGACUGCAUCUCGGAUCGUCUCUCGAACUCGUUCUUUCGUUUUCCUUGUUUUGGUUUGUUGUUUGGUGAUACCCCCUUCGAUUUCGAUUUCCGAUGCGUCUCGGAGACCGUUGACCCCCCUCCGGAAAAUGAGCUUUCGGUGCGAAGAUUCGAAUCCUCCGAGUAUCUUCGGGAUCGAUCCAGGAUUUCAAUUGGCUAAGAAAUCAAGGGAAGGGGUCGUAAUUAGGGUUUGACCUCGGCCGCGAUGGACAGAAAUGGGGUAUCUCUACUCCUUAUUUCGAUUUUGUUUCUCUCCCAUGGUUCCUUGUUCGGCGACUCUCGGGUGUUGGUUGAUGAACAAGCUCCGAAGGACAACUCCACCUCGAUACAAAAUUCUCCGUCGCCUAGACCAUUACCAGAUGCUGAUUCAUUGUCGAAUCCUAGACCCAUUGGAGAUGAAAAAUCCAACAAUGUAAAGCCUAAAGAAUCUCACACGCCUAAUAGUAAUUCAUCUUCUUCUGAUCCAAAUGAGUCUCAUAGACUUGAUUUCGCUAGUCCACCUCCCCAGAUACAACCUGGGGACGACAAGAAAGUAUCCAAUAGGACCGAACAGACAAUCACGCCUCCCACAAACCAAACAGAUAGCAAAGAUAGUGAAAAACGAUCAGACAAAAAGACGGAACCUUUGAGCCCUCCUCCUUCAGCUCCUCCGCCUCCAAAGUCGCCGGAGAGUGGGAAGAAUGGGGAGGGCUCAAUUAGUGGAAGUCCACCUCCCGAGAAGGUCCCUCACGAGGCAAACUCUGAGACCUGCAAUGGAAUAUCUAACAUAUGCAGGGAUGAUAAGUCAUUGGUGGCAUGCACUCUAAGCUUUCAAAGAGAUUCAGCAAAAUGGUCGAUUCUAGUUCAAAAUGAAGGUGAAGAAUCUCUGAAAGCGAAAAUUGUUCUCCCGGGUUCUGUCAAAAACCCUUUAAGAGAGUUGACAGUACAGAAACACCAGAGUCAACGGGUAAACGUAUCAAUUUCUGGUGACACAAACAAGAUUGUGUUGGACGCUGGGCACGGAGAGUGCGUGCUUCACACGGACCCUUUGGCUCAAUCAGGGGAAAGCACCAUGUUCAUCCACCUUCCAUCUUACGAGAAGCUAGUCACGCCCAUCAAUGGAGCCUACUUCUUGAUAUUUUCUGUGUUAGUAUUUGGGGGAACAUGGGCGUGUUGCUCGUUCUGCAAGAAAAGACGGGCAGGGGGUGGGGUGCCGUACCAGGAGCUGGAAAUGAGUGGAGGGUCAGGCCUCGAAGCUCAGUCUGGUGGCCAUGACGUGGAGACAGCGGACUGGGACGAGAGCUGGGAUGACGACUGGGAUGAGGGUAAUGCCGUGAAAUCUCCGGGCGGUGCGAGGAACCUCAGCAUCUCCGGCAACGGGUUAACGGCGCGAGGAUCAAACCGAGAUGGCUGGGAGAAUGAUUGGGACGAUUAGAACACUUAAAAAGAGUCAAGACUGGAGAUCAGAUUUUGCAUGGAAAGACAAGUUAAUAGUUUGGACAGGACAGGAUUGUGUAGUUCACAUAUUUCCACACACAACACUGACACCGUUAUACUUCUUGUCUAUGCUUUUUGUGAGAUUUUUUUUUUAUAUAAAAUUUUCCCCUCCGAAAAAAUGGUGGAAUAUCCGAAUGUUGAAUUUU